UCAAAACGCGUGUUUGAUAAUGCCGGCUUUUGAAAUUCGUGUUUCUGACAAAAAGGGAAAAAGCGUUUUUGCUUUGAGCCAAAUAAAAUCGGGCUCCGUCAUAUUUGAAGAGUCUCCACUGAUAUCUUCGCAGUUUUCUUGGAACGCUGUCUAUGGCUAUUUAGCGUGCGAGUUUUGUUUGCGACCGCUUGAAACAGCGGAAUGUAAUGUACAGCGUUUAUCUAACGAUUAUAGCAUCAACUUACCGUAUCUGGAAUGCUGUCAUGUACAAGAAGGAAUGAGCAAACACACAAAUUGUCCCGAUUGUCGGGAAAUGUAUUGCAGUGAAGCAUGUCAGCAGAGUGCUUUGGAUAGCUAUCAUAAAGCGCUAUGUCUAGGAGCCAAUCGAACCGAUAUAAAUCAUCCUAUUAAUGCGUUAAUAGAGUUUUGGAAGAAAAUACAUUAUCCACCUGAGACAUCGAGUAUAAUGCUUGUGAUCAAAAUUAUCGGAAUGUUUAAACAAAGCAGCGAUACGCAAAAAUUGCGAACGCAAUUCGAUCAAUUUUUCAGUCAAACAGAAAAUCAAGACCUGAUGAUUUUUCAUAAAAUGUUAGGCGAAAAUUUUUUGCAGCAGAUCGAACAAUUAUAUGAACUGAUUUGUAUUGCGUUUGAUCCUUCAUCUGACGAACGUCUCCAGUGGUUAACUUUUCCCGGUUUUCAAUCGUUAUUAGCUUUGAUAGGAACAAACGGUCAAGGAAUUGGCACAAGCUCUUUUGCUGACUGGGUUAGAAAUGUUUCGGAUAUAUCAUUAUCCGAGAAGCAGCGUGAAUCUUUGGAUGAAUUAAUUGAUCAUCUUUAUAGUAAGCUGGACGAGGUAGUAGGAAGCUUUUUAAACAAUGAAGGGUCUGCUUUGUACAGUACGCAAAGUAAAAUUAAUCACAGUUGCGUACCGAACGCGGAAUGUCGCUUUCCUUACUCCAAUCAUCAUUUACAACUAACCGCCAUCUGUGACAUAGAGCCGGGACAAGAAAUCUGCAUCUCUUAUUUAGAUGAAUGUGCACUCGAAAGAUCACGACACUCGCGACAAAAGAUUCUCGCUGAAAAUUAUUUGUUCCAAUGCCAGUGCGAAAAAUGUGAAAAUCAAACGAAUGAUCCAGAUGAAACAUCCGAUGAAGAAGAAGAGGACGAUCUUAUUGAUGAAGGAAGAAUAGAUGACUCAGACUAAAAUAUUUAUAU